CGCCGCCUCAGUUGGUCUCGGGAUGCGGAGGAGUGAGGGUGUGCGCGCGUGAUCUCCCCUCCACUAUGGGGAUGCAGUCUUCCUUGCUUGCAAUUCAUAGGAGGAAGAGCGUGUGUGUUUGAGUGUCGGUUGUAAUAAUGCCGGAGUCGGACAAGCCGCUGGAAUUAAAGCUUCACAGCCCAGCAGGAGUUGAACCUAUUGUAUUCCAAUGGCCCUUAUCAACUGGCGGUGGCGGUGGUGGUGGUGGCGGCGGUGGCGGUGGUGGUGGCGGAACGGUACGUGGCCGUGGACGUGACAAACAUGAUGGAGCAUAUGAGAUAGUGGAGACGAUUCGGUGGGUGUGUGAGGAUAUUCCAGAGUUGAAGAGAGCGAUGGAGGUCAACAUUCUGUCUGACUAUGACACGAGAAGUUAUGAAAGUAUGAGGCAGCUGUGUGACAAGUACAACCGUGCCAUAGAUUCCGUCCUGCAAUUGGAGAAAGGUACCAGCCUGCCCAGCACACGUCUGAACAAGAGGCCAUCUCGAGGGAUGCUUAAACACAUUCUCACUCAAAUUUACAACCACGCUGUCGUUGAUCCGGAGAAACUCAAUCAAUACGAACCGUUCUCCCCUGAGGUGUACGGAGAAACGUCAUUUGAACUGAUCUGCCAAAUGAUCGAUCAAAUUCACAUCACUGAAGAGGAUACAUUUGUGGAUCUCGGCUCAGGUGUGGGUCAGGUGGUUCUCCAGAUGGCCGCCCUCACCCCGUGCAAGGUGUGCGUGGGCAUUGAGAAGGCCGAGACACCCUGCAAGUACGCUCUGGAGAUGGACCGGCUGUACACCAAGUGGAUGCGCUGGUACGGCAAACGUCACAGUGAGUACAGGCUACGUAAGGGUGAUUUUCUGAAGAAGGAGCACCGAGAGGGAAUCACCGGCUCAUCCAUAGUUUUUGUCAACAACUUUGCCUUCGGGCCGCACGUCGACCACAUGCUGAAGGAAGUGUUCGCUGACCUGAAGGACGGCGCCAGGAUUGUUUCCUCCAAGUCCUUUUGCCCUCUCAACUUCAGAAUUACCGACCGAAACCUUAGUGACAUCGGCACAAUUAUGCACGUCUCGGAACUGUCGCCAAUGAAGGGGUCAGUGUCGUGGACUGGGAAGCCUGUGUCAUAUUUUUUGCACAUCAUUGACAGGACAAAGUUGGAGCGAUAUUUCCAAAGACUUAAGAACCCAAAGCUAAGGGCAAACAAGAAUUCUGAAGAUAAGGAGGAAGACAGCCAGAGCAGCGUCCGCCGUGUACGCCGAGAGCUGGCCAAGACCACUCUGUCCAACACUUCGGAGACGUCCUCCAACCACUCCUCGGACCACAAGGAGGCCGACGACCCCAUCAUUGGCCCUACCACUCGUCGCGCAUGGAAUGACUGGUGCUCCUCCUCCACCUCCUCCUCCUCCUCCUCCUCCUCCACCUCCUCCUCGUCCAAGACCACACCUAAGGGCUCGUCGUCCAGGAGUUCCGCCGAUGAGAAUGACGAGAAUGGACCGCCGACCGCUGCCGCCACCGCCGCCGUCCCGCACCACAACAACCACCGCCGCAUCCAGGGUGGUGGUGGUGGUGGUGGCGGUGGUGGUGGUGGUAGGCGGAGAAACACUCAGAGGAGAGCAGCAGCAUCCAAGCCAGCCAUUGUAGAUGAUCCUGACCCCCCUGCUGUGCCUAGGGUGGCUCGGCGCACCCUGGGGACUGGCGGGGGGCGGAGGGGAGGCAGGAGACAACACCGCAACACCAAGAAACCUAUCAAGAUCAAUGGAUUGGAUCUGCUUCACACCCAGACACUCCUGAGCACUGGGGCUGCUGACGCUGGCCGAAGUGCAGUGUACCAGGACCCAGCGCCAGGGUGUGUGGACCAGAAGCUGUCUCGGAUCACCUCCUCCUCUGUGGCGGGUAUCCUGAGGCACGAGGAGCUGCCCAUCCCCCCCUCCAACACCCCCUAUGCCCUGGAGGUGUUGCUGGAUGUGUUUCGCCAGCAGUUCCUCGGCAUGUUGGAGUCUUUCAAGAAGCCGGAAUACAGGGAUUAUGUCCUCAAGCAAAUUGACGCUGAGAAGGAGAAGAACAAGAGCCUGAAGUCCCGUGCGGCGCAGCUUGAGAGGCAGAUUAAGGUUCUAAUUGACGAUUCCGUGGCGUUGCUUCGCUCCCGAAUCUCCGAGCUUGGCAUGACGGCAGCCAACCCAGAGGACCUAUUAAACAGAGCCAAGGAGAUCGUGUGGCGUCACAAGGAGCUGCAGGCAAAUGUGUCAUCCCUCCAACAGCAGGUGAACAGCGCAGAGGAGGAGCAGGAGAGGCUGGUCAGACUGCGGCAACAUGAAAUUAUUCACAAGUACAGAAGGAACGGACUUGUGAAUGGGCAGAGCCUGGACGUGUCUCAGGUGACGCAGGAGUUCAUCCUGCGGGAGAUCUCGCAGACGCUGUCGCAGCGCAAGAAGCUUCACUCGCAGGUGUCACGGCUGGAGUGUGAGGUGAACUCCCUGGAGAACACUGCCCCUGACGCCAUGCCCGGCGGGCGCGGCUCGGCAGCCCCUGGGGGACAGAGGGCCGACAAGUCCCCGGGACGGCACAAGACGCGGCACCGCAGCAGGAACCAGGAGUGGCCGUCCAUCCCUGACGUGGGCAAGAUUGAGGAGAAGAACCCGGAGAUCCUGGCACAGAAGAUCCUGGAGACCGGCAGGCAGAUUGAGGCCGGCCGCAUCCCUGCCCUGCCCCCCGGCACCGAUGCACGCCUGCAUGACCCCCGCCACCCACCCCUUGUGCCCCCAGAGGGCCUCAUCAGGAUACACCAAGGGGAGCCACGUCCCCCACUGCCACCGGAGCAGCAACAGCAGCAGCAGCAGCAGCAGCAGCAGCAGCAGCAGCAUCAACAGCCACCACCACCGCUGCCGCCGGGCCGCGUGGUGGUGGUGACUCAGCGCCAUGCCGUGCCUCCCGCCCCGCUGGCCUUGCCCAAAGUGGAGAUGCCCCUGCAGGCCGCCGCCGCCGCCGCCGCCACAGCUGUCCCUGGGUCGCGUGGGGGUGGCGGGGACAAGGGCGGGGGUGGGCGGGGCUUCUCCAUGGUGCGGGCGCAGGAGCCGCCCCGCGUGGCAGACUUUGAGGACAGACUCAAGCUCAUCAUCACCAACGUGCUCAACGAAGACAAGCCGCCCGCUCACGCCCUGCCGCCCCGCCCCGCCAUGCCCCACGCGCCCCCACAGCCACACUCACCCUACUCCUCCCCUGGCGCGCUUCCCCCAGCCAAGAGGGAGCGCAAGGGGGAGGGGCGGCCCGACUACACCCAGGUGUCCCCCGCCAAGCUGGCCCUGCGCCGCCACCUCUCCCAGGAGAAGCUGCUGGCCCUGGAGGCUGGCGCCCCACCCCCCGCCCCACCCCAAGGCGCCCCUGGGGCCCCCGCUGCACCCCGCAUGCCGCCCCUCACCCGCAACGUGGGGGAUCUCAUCUCGGGGGAGGUGGAGCGCUCCCUGGAGCUGAGCUCGGCGCCCUCUGUCCCCCCUGCCUCGGCCGCGCUGGACAUGACGGUGGGGGGCAAGGCAUCACCCCGCCCCGGGCCCCGCAUCGCCCGCAUUGUGGAGGAGAGCUUCGCCAAGGUGCCACACGCCCCCCACACGCCCCCUGAGGCGGGGGAGGUGCGGCAGCCGUCCCCUGCCCUGCGCGGGGUGUACUCCCCUGUGUCCCGCCCCCCCAGCACAGAGGGCCUGCCACCCCCCGCCAUGGAGGGCCUCAUGUACCCCCGCGUGAAGUCCCCACGGGGCGUCCCCCUGGAUGAGAAGCCCCGCAUGCUGCCCCCCGCCGCCUCCCCGGGGCGGGAUGGCCUCGAGGCACGCCUGGCUUCCAUGUACGGUCCCAAGGCUGGUGCGCCGCCCCCCUCAGGCCCACCCCGAGCCACACCGCCCCCCCAGCCCCCCACCACAGCUGCCACGCACCUGCCAGACUGCAAGCCGCGCCCUGCAGCCCUCGCCGCGGUGGAGGGGCGGGGCCUUACAGGGGACAGCCCCGUGGAGGGCCUGGCCGCCACGCUGCACGCACGCUUCAUGACCAGACCCAUGCUGGCCAAGGUGAAGGAGGAGCCCCCAGACUACCCCCGUCCCCCCAGUGAGGAGGAGAGGAUGCGGAGGAAACUGCGGUCGCCCCCUCCUGCCCCCCACACCAUCCCCCCCAAGAAGCAACACUAUUCUGAUCCCCCCACCACCCCCUCCCCCUCACCAUCCCCAACCCCACCCCCUCCCCUCCUCCCCCCAGCUCCCUCCACCUCCACAGUAUCAAAUUGCCACCACCACCACCUCCUCCACCCCCGCCACCGCCGCCACCACCACCUCCACCAUUGUCACCCCCCUCCUCAUCUGCCCCCCCAAACACCACCACCACCACCGUCACCCCCACCCCCCUCAUCCCCACAGCCAUCAUGACUCCACCCCCCUCCGCCCCUCCACCCCCACAGCCCCCGUCCAUUGCCUCCACCCCUCCGCCAGCCUCCACCACAACCACAACCACCACCACCACCACCACUGUGUCUUCCCAGCACCACCACCACCACCACCA